CCGCCGCCGCUGCCGCCGCCGCGAUGGCGCUGAAGAUGGUGAAGGGCAGCAUCGACCGCAUGUUCGACAAGAACCUGCAGGACCUCGUCCGCGGCAUCCGGAACCACAAGGAGGACGAGGCCAAAUAUAUAUCUCAGUGUAUUGAUGAGAUCAAACAAGAAUUGAAGCAAGAUAAUAUUGCAGUAAAAGCAAAUGCGGUCUGCAAGCUCACCUAUUUGCAGAUGUUGGGAUAUGACAUUAGCUGGGCUGCUUUCAACAUUAUUGAAGUAAUGAGUGCUUCAAAGUUUACAUUUAAGCGAGUUGGUUAUCUAGCUGCUUCUCAGUGCUUUCAUGAAGGAACUGAUGUAAUUAUGCUGACUACCAAUCAAAUUCGAAAGGACCUGAGUAGCCCCAACCAGUAUGAUACUGGAGUUGCACUGACCGGUUUGUCCUGUUUUGUUACUCCAGAUCUCGCCAGAGAUUUGGCAAAUGACAUCAUGACUCUGAUGUCACAUACGAAGCCUUACAUCAGGAAGAAGGCCGUGCUGAUCAUGUAUAAAGUGUUCUUGAAAUACCCAGAGUCCCUCCGCCCUGCCUUCCCUCGUCUAAAAGAGAAACUUGAGGAUCCUGACCCUGGUGUGCAAUCUGCGGCAGUGAAUGUCAUCUGUGAGCUGGCCAGACGAAAUCCCAAAAACUACCUAUCCCUUGCUCCACUAUUUUUUAAGUUGAUGACUUCUUCCACUAAUAAUUGGGUCCUCAUUAAGAUUAUCAAAUUGUUUGGUGCUCUUACUCCCUUAGAACCAAGGCUGGGAAAAAAACUGAUUGAACCCCUCACCAACCUAAUACAUAGCACUUCUGCCAUGUCUCUCCUCUAUGAAUGUGUGAACACAGUGAUAGCAGUUUUGAUUUCUCUGUCUUCCGGAAUGCCCAAUCAUAGUGCCAGCAUCCAGCUUUGUGUUCAGAAAUUAAGAAUAUUAAUAGAAGAUUCAGACCAAAAUUUAAAGUAUUUGGGAUUGCUUGCUAUGUCCAAAAUCCUGAAAACUCAUCCUAAGUCUGUUCAGUCCCAUAAGGAUCUCAUUCUCCAGUGUUUGGAUGACAAGGAUGAAUCUAUUCGGCUUAGAGCAUUAGACCUUCUUUAUGGAAUGGUAUCAAAGAAGAACUUAAUGGAGAUUGUGAAGAAACUGAUGAUUCAUGUGGACAAAGCAGAAGGAACAACUUACAGGGAUGAGCUGCUGACCAAAAUCAUUGACAUAUGUAGUCAGGCCAACUACCAAUACAUCACCAACUUUGAAUGGUACAUAAGCAUUCUGGUAGAGCUUACCCGCUUGGAAGGAACUCGGCACGGUCACCUCAUUGCUGCCCAGAUGCUGGAUGUCGCCAUCCGAGUCAAAGCCAUUCGAAAAUUUGCUGUUUCCCAAAUGGCCAUGCUUUUGGAUAAUGCUCACUUGAUAGCCAGUAACACCCAAAGGAAUGGAAUCUGUGAGGUGCUUUAUGCUGCAGCUUGGAUCUGUGGAGAAUUCUCUGAACACCUUCAGGAGCCUCAUCAGACUCUAGAAGCCAUGCUGAGACCUAAAGUCACCACUUUACCAGGUCACAUCCAAGCAGUGUAUGUGCAGAAUAUGGUGAAGUUAUAUGCAUCCAUUCUGCAGCAGAAGGAACAGAGUGAGGAAAAGGAAGCAGCCCAGGAGAUCACCCAGCUGAUGAUUGACCGACUUCCUCAGUUUGUGCAGAGUGCUGAUCUGGAGGUUCAGGAGAGGGCAUCUUGCAUCUUGCAGUUGAUUAAGUACAUUCAGAAGCUACAAACGAAGGAAGUACCAGUGGCAGAAGAAGUGAUUGCCCUGUUUGCUGGGGAGUUGAACCCUGUGGCUCCCAAAGCCCAGAAAAAAGUUCCUGUCCCCGAAGGUCUGGACCUCGAUGCAUGGAUCAAUGAACCUCCUUCAGAUAGUGACUCUGAAGAUGAAAAACCCAAAACCAUUUUCCAUGAUGAAGAGCAAAGACAUGCUAAGCAUCGGCAGCCUGAGAUUGAUGAAGAGGAAUUGGCUCGGCGUCGGGAAGCACGGAAACAGGAACAGGCCAACAAUCCAUUUUAUAUCAAAAGUUCUCCUUCACCUCAAAAGCGGUAUCAGGACACACCUGGUGUCGAGCACAUACCUGUGGUCCAGAUUGAUCUCUCAGUUCCCCUGAAGGUUCCAGGUAUUCCGAUGUCAGACCAGUAUGUGAAGCUUGAAGAAGAACGGAGACAUAAACAAAAACUUGAGAAAGACAAGAAAAAGAAAAAGCAGAAAAAGGAAAAGAAAGGCAAGCAUCGCCGGCACAACUCGCUUCACACCGAAAGUGAUGAAGACAUAGCCCCUGCCCAGCAAGUGGAUAUCAUCACCGAGGAGAUGCCUGAGAAUGCACUUCCAAGCGAUGAAGAUGACAAAGAUCCCAAUGAUCCCUAUAAGGCCCUGGACAUAGAUUUGGAUAAGCCCUUAGCAGAUAGUGAAAAACUACCAAUCCAAAGACAUAGAAAUGCAGAGACCCCAAAAUCCCCUGAAAAAGAAGAAAUUCCUGUGAUAGAAAAGAAGAGCAAAAAACCCAAAAAGAAAGAGAAGAAACACAAAGAAAGAGAGAGAGAAAAAGAAAAGAAAAAAGAGAAAGAAAAAGAGAAAAAGGGGGAAGACUUGGACUUCUGGCUUUCUGCUGCUCCACCAGCUGCCUCCACAGCACAAUCACCUAAUGAAUCUAAUGUAAAUACAGUUAUAGCUGUGCCUGAAGACUAUGAGGAACCUAAAAAAGAAGAGAGAGAAGAUGAAGAGGAUGAUGAAGAAAAGAAAUCCUCCAAACAUAAGAAGAAAAAGCAUAAGAAGGAAAAGGAAGAGAAGUCCAAGGACAAAAAGAAAUCCAAAAAGAAGAAGCCUGCAAGUGAAGAUGAGCAAGUGGAAGCUAUACAAAAUGGCACCCUUGAUGAUGAGCCCCUCCCGCCUAUGUCCAGUUACUGCCUUCUAGCUGAAAAUUCUUUCAUUAAAAUGACAUAUGACAUUCAAGGCAAUCUUCAGAAGGAUAGUCAAGUGACUGUGUCUGUGAUUUUUGAAAACAAGAGUGAUAGCUUCCUGAAAAGCAUGGAACUAAACGUUCUGGAUUCACUGAACACAAAAAUGUCUCGGCCGGAAGGCACCUCAGUGCAUGAUGGAGUCCCUGUGCCUUUCCAGCUGCCCCCUGGAAUCUCUAAUGAAGCCCAGUUUGUGUUUACUGUUCAGAGCAUCAUCAUGGCACAGAAGCUAAAAGGGACGCUGUCCUUUAUAGUCAAAAAUGACGAAGGCUCCACCCAUGAAAAGCUAGAUUUCAAAUUACACUUCAGCUGCACCUCAUACUUGAUCACCACGCCUUGCUAUAGUGAUGCUUUUGCCAAGUUGUUGGAGUCUGGUGAGCUGAGCAUGAAUUCCAUAAAAGUUGAUGGAAUUAGCAUUUCUUUCCAACACCUGCUGGCGAAGAUUUGUUUUCACCAUCACUUUUCAGUUGUGGAACGAGUUGAUUCCUGCGCCUCCAUGUACAGCCGUUCUAUCCAAGGACAUCACGUCUGCCUGCUCGUGAAGAAGGGAGAGAAUUCCGUAUCAGUGGAUGGGAAAUGCAAUGACCCCACCCUACUCAGCAAUUUGUUGGAUGAGAUGAAAGAAACCUUGGCCAAAUGUUGAAUAGCCCCUUACGCCCCACCUCUGCAGAAGAUGCACCAAGGACAGCUUUCAAGUGUUACAUUUCUCCCUCAUCCGCAUGUACUAGACUGGGCACGUGCUUUUCAUUUAACGUCACAGUCACCCGCAGGUUAGACGUCCCAAGGCUGUAGGUUACGUUGGUUUCUUUUAUUUUAAAAUUUUUUCACUUUGAACCUUUUUACCGACUGUAGCAAUAACCCUUUCCAGCCUCGAAACCUUCUGAAGUCCAAGACUGCCCAGAAUCUCUGUAUCCAGCUAUUUCCCAUAGUCUAGUUGUAUCUCUCCCCCAUCCUGAUUUUGGGUGCUAGAACCCCUGACUAGUCACAGACGGGUGCCGAUGGCAGUAACUGUGUCAGUCAGUUCUUAAGAAGGGAACCCAAGACAAGUCUGCAGAACGUCCCUUCAGGGCAGUGCGGAGGAGCAUGUAUGGAGCCAGCUGGUGUGCAGGCCAGAUUCUCUCUGAACCCUUUGCUGUACACAUACUUGAUUUUGACUUUUGAGUAAUUGGAGGAUGGGUUGGGGGGAGGGGCGGCAGGGAAUGGAGGAAGAAGAAGGGGAGAUUGAAUUCAGCUGACUUGGACUUCUACUUUGGAGCAAAGCCCGGGGGCUGAAAAGAGUUAAAUUCCCUUUUUCCCCCUUCCUUAUUCAUCUCAAAAUCUGCACAAUUACAUAUCCCCUUCUAGUGAUUUCUUGCUGAUGUGCUCCUGUAAAAUCCACCAAAAUCUCACAUCAUUGAAAGAUAGAAUGUGGCAAAGGAACUGGAAGUCCAAAGGGAUGUGUGGAUGUGGAUGUGGGGGAGUGUCUCUGUCUGGGUGUGGAUAUUUCUGUGUCCUUGACUGGAAAGACUCUUUGACUUGUCAGAUGAGGUUGGCAAGUACUAUUUUAAGCUUCAUUGCCCCUCUCUCCCCACCCUUGAAGUUUUCAUUUGCCCCCAAACUCAGUGCAUAAAAGAUGUAAUGGUGUGUCACUUUCCCCUUGUUCCUCAUAAACUUUGUCACAGUGCUGAUGGUUCGUCGGAGAGUGGCUAGUAAGAGUCCAACAGAGUCCCAGAAAUCUCAGUUUUUGCUGAGGGGAGCUGUCUGGGGACGAAGGGGCUUAGGAUUGGGUUUAGAGUAUGCCACUACAGAGACAGGAAGAGUGGUGGUGGUAGUACCGGUAACCAGGGGAAGUAAUCAAAUACAAUCAUUGAUGGUAAAAAGGGAUUGAUUGUUCUGGCUCUGGAUAAUGACCCCGUCAUACUCUGUUCAGUUUUAUUUCAGGGAGGGGUUGAAAUUUUGAGAUUUGAUGCCAAUUUUAGGAGUGUAAAUUGGAGCCCCUUCCACUCAUCUCAUUACUGGAACUGUGGUUUUCAACAUGGUGCAACUGCAGCUGUCAGAAGGGUGUCCAGAAAGACAAGAGAGGGACAAACUCAGGUUGUUUGCACUUAAAUGUUCUUGGUAAUACUUGAAAUGCCAUUCCAGAGGCCUAAGUAUUACCAACCAACCUCCAAGUGGAAAUUGUGAGGCCAGGAGGCCCAUGUAGUAACUUCCCCAAGCAGGGUGUAUGCUGGGAAGUAAGCCCAGAGCCUCUUCAUAGGCCUCCUCAGUGUGUGCACAAUGAGGGAAGCCCUGGGAUUCUUUGCAAUAAGCUCCUGGCGUGAAAUGGUGUGUCUGCAAGGACCCCUUCCUUAGCAGCAUCAAUGAGAUGGGCAUUGGGAUCUAAGAAGCAUUAUUUGUUGUCUGAUUGCACUUGUCUAUUCCAGGGAUUGUGUAAGCAGCAGUUCAGUUGGCUGGUACAGUGUCAUUUUGUUUGGGACAGCCAGCUUGUGUUAAAGACUGAGCGUAUUGGAAACUCGUCAGAGAUAAUGGUCCUUAAUGAAUGGAAAUUCACAUUUUCUUUUUCAUGGAUAAAAACUGUCACUUUAGCAUGUAGAGUAUUCUCUAUUACAGAAUCCUGUGCAGUGAUUCUAGAAUUUUGAGACUGUAUGAUGUGUUAUAUUAAAGAAUUUAUUUGCUAUCAACAUUCCCUUACAAAGAAAAGAAAAACAUACCACAAGCUGCUGUAAUGAUUUUGUGUCAAGAUGAUCCAAUAAAAUUUCAAAACAGAAGUUUAAA